AAAUUAAAAUUAAAUAAUUUCCUCAUUUUUCAUUUUUAAGCAUCAUCGGAAAAUCCUCUCUCAGAAAUCUCGUUCGAAUCUGCAUCAUCAUUUCAUUUCUCCACCCCCCUCUCUCCCUCCUCUUCUCGGGAAAAUCAAAUUCGAAGUUUCGCUGUUUUCUUAGAUUCCGCACAAAUGGCGUCCGAAAAUUUCACCGACAAAACUGCCGUUUUCAGAAAGCUCAAACUCAAAUCCGAGAAUAAGAUGUGUUUCGAUUGCAAUGCGAAGAACCCUACUUGGGCGUCGGUGACGUAUGGGAUCUUUCUUUGUAUUGAUUGUUCCGCAGCUCACCGUAGCCUCGGUGUUCACAUCAGUUUCGUUAGGUCUACAAACUUGGAUUCAUGGUCACCUGAUCAGUUGAAGAUGAUGUACUUUGGUGGAAAUAACCGUGCUCAUACAUUUUUUAAGCAACAUGGAUGGACUGAUGGAGGCAAGGUUGAAGCUAAAUAUACAUCAAGAGCUGCUGAUUUAUAUAAGCAGAUACUGGCGAAAGAAGUUGCUAAAAGUUCUGCUGAAGAUCCUGGUUUACCUGUUUCACCAGUGGCUUCACAGUCAGCACAGGCGCCUAAUGGAUUCUUUGAUGUUCAUACUAGUGAAGUUCCAAAGGAAAUUGUAACAGAAAAGAAGGAAACCGUAGACCUUCCAUCUUCUCCUAGAACUUAUGCUGUCAAGAAACCUCUUGGAUUCGGAGCAAAGAAAGUUGGAAAGAGUGGAGGACUUGGUGCUAGAAAGCUUACAAAAAAGCCUAAUGAAGACCUUUAUGCGCAAAAGCCUGAGGAGGCCCCUGCUCCUGUUGCUGCCCCAAGUAAUAAUCCCCUCCCAAUUGGAUCGUCUUUUCCUUCUCGUUUUGAGUAUGUUGAAAACAGCAAUAAUACGGAAGUGGGUAAAAGUUCGGAAGGGUCUCACAUGAUUAACCAUGUUGCACCACCCAAAUCGUCAAGCUUCUUCGCAGACUUUGGCAUGGACAGUGGUUUCCAGAGAAAAGGAAGCUCAAAUUCUUCAAAAGUACAGAUGGAAGAAACUGAUGAGGCCAGGAAGAAGUUCUCAAAUGCUAAAUCAAUAUCCUCUGCUCAAUAUUAUGGAGAUCAGAGUAGAGCUGGUGACACAGAAGCACGAGCUUCCUUGCAAAAGUUUUCUGGAUCAAGUUCCAUAUCCAGUGCGGAUCUAUUCGGGAACGAUUCUGAUGCCUCUCUUGAUAUUUCUGCAAGUGAUCUCAUCAAUCGCUUAUCAUUCCAGGCACAACAAGAUAUAUCUUCCUUGAAGAAUAUUGCUGGAGAAACAGGGAAGAAGCUCGGUUCCCUGGCGUCGUCAUUGAUGACUGAUUUUCAGGAUAGACUCCUUUAAUGCAAUAUCUGUAAUAAUUUGAGAAUUGUCAAAAAUACGAGAGAUUUUAUUAGUGUCAUGUAAAAUGAGUUUUUCUUGCCAUUCUUUGGAAAAACAAAUAAGUAAAGAUUUUAGCACUCUUUUUUAGUUUCCUAUGUGCUUGCUUAGCAUAAUGUGCAGUGAGAGACUGAGAGUGUUCAUUUUUUUUUUUCCCAUUUUUUUUUACAAAUUGUCAUUUUUGUCUUUAAACUUAGUUAGUUAUUACUACUGUGUAACCUUACCAGAAUUUUCAAACUCUGUUGUGGUGCUUCC